UCUUUCGAUUGUGCUGCCCAUCAUGCUCCGCCAUCGCAGUCAUCGCUAGAAUACAGUGAGGAAGUGAACACGUGGUUGAGAGACGAACUGGAGCAUGCAGAGGUCAUUCCAAUGAGAAAGCCCGAGAACCCAUCACAUCUCCAUGCGUCAUCGUCCAAUCAAUCGCUCAAGUUGAUUAGCGAUUCGGCGUUGAUGUUGGAAAUUGAACUGCUAAAAGCUCAGAUAAGAGCUCAGUCCAGUACCUUUGAAGGCCACGAGAUCCAGCUAGCAAAACUGCAGGAAAAAUUGUCUGAACUGCAAAGCCGACAGGGACUUUUCGAGAAGAGUGAACCUCCUCCUGAGUAUAUUUCACAAAUGCAGUCCCCCAUCUCACAUAUGAUAAGCAAAGCUUGUGUGAUACUUUGACCGUUUUUUUUUGUUUUCAACUUUGUCGAUGUUUGGGC